UUCCACCAAGCCAUUUUCUAAAACCACACCUUCAUUCUCACACACUCCGUGUUUCUUCUCUCUCUCAAACACACAAACCAACCUCCUUCAUUUUCAUUUAUUUGCUUCUCAGGAGGUGUGACCACUUUUUCUUUUAUUUUUAAACUUUUCUUUUAAUUUUGUGCCAUGGCAACCCAGAUUUUGCGGCCUCAGGACUGUCUGGUGGAACGAAUAAGCGCUCCGCCGCCGGAGUUUUCCCAACGGAGGAGUUCCGCUAAUCGCUGUAAUUAUUAUUACUACAACAACCAUGUCGCGGCUUCCAGGUCCUCCCGGAAGCAGUUUACCCGACCCGACCAGAGGAAACGGCCUGCUCCCGCUUCUGGCCUCCCUGUGCUGGCGGAGCCCGCUGCCGCCGCGUUCAGGAGAUCUAGCGGUGAUGAUUCGCGGUUGGCCAGGAGCCACGGCUUGGAGAAGGUUACGAUUCUCCGCAGGGGCCAGUCGCUUGAUUCGGCCGUGAAGAGCGACGUGUACGCCGGAUCGGCGUUUGCGAUGUCUCCGUCGCCAAACGCGCUUCCUCUGCCGUCGUUUCCGACGAAGAAAAACUCCUCCUCGGCGGUGUUUGAGGACUCCGCAACGCGAGAUCUGAGGCGUCUGCUCCGCCUCGAAUGAAAAAUAGUUGGGUUCCAGAUCCGGGUUUUCGAAUCGGGUUGGAUCCGACAAAAUAUCGAUGUUCCUCCUCUCUCUCUCUCAUCUUUUCAUUACCUAGAAUCUUCUCUCCGUUACCGUUACGCAUCUCUCGUUGUAGGUUCCGUCCCGACUGUGAUUUUUUUAAACGGAAGGGUGGAUCUGAAGGUGGGGGUGAAAUGGUUAAAAAGUUUGGAGUAGUUGAACGAGUCCUGAACCUGUGAUUGAAGUUGUAGCAUAUUUUGGGUUGUUUAUUAGAAUAUUAAAAUAAAGUUUAGGGUUGUAAUAUGUAAACAUGUAACACUAAUGUCAGUCUUAAAGGGAAAUUAGAAACGAAAAAGUGGAAAGGGGAAGAAGGUAGUUCUGUAAAAUCCAGUAAGUGUUAGGGAUCUGGUUCAUGCUGGGUUGGGUCUAUGAUCAGUGUGAAGUGAUUAGUUUAUGAUUCUGUGAAAUAUAGUGAAUAGUAUCGAAGUAAAUGAGUGAUUCCAGCUCUAUUAGGAAUUACUCCUUCCUAAGUUUCAAAUUUAUAUAAACUAAUUAUACAUUAUACAUUUC